CUCGGGCAGCCGGUCCUACUGGGCUCCGGGCGGUGCCGCAGCCCCGGCUCCGUGUGCCCUGGAGCUGUGCUCGGGAUGAGCGCACCCAGAUCCAGCCUCGCCCUCCAUCGCCACCCGCUUUCCAUGCCAAGGCGCCUCAAGUUCUCCGAGGAGGAGAAAUUCCUCAUCCUGGAGGAGGUCAGUCUCCGCAAGGACAUCUUGAUCCCUAGGAGCGGCCGGUACAAGAACACUCCGGCCCGGCAGCGCGCCUGGGAGGAGAUCGCAGCCGCCGUCAGCUCCCUCAGUCCCCUGGUCCAUCGCACGCCCGACGAGAUCCGCAGGAAGUGGGACAACAUGGUCAUCGACGCCCGCAGGGAGCUGGCCAUGCAGAAGCACCCGGUGCUCCGCCAGCGGCCCCAGAAGCAGCUCUCCCACAACAUCUUAGCCCUCUUCGACAAGCCUGGCCCAGGCCUGCCAGAGCCACCGCUCUCAGCCUCGACCUUCGGAGUGAGGGCAGCCAGCGACCCCUCCAGCCCCCCCACAAUGCUGGAGGUCACCCCGGACUUGCUCCUGCAUGGCCAGAGCAGCACUGCUGCCCCAGGCCGUGGGCUGCUCUGCCCCAUGGAGCCCUCACCAGCCUCCGGCCCCAUGCUGGAGAGCUGUCUCAGUGCAGCCAGCAAGGCACCCAACUCCAAGGAGCGCUUGCUCCCAACGGGACCCCAGGACAUCACGGAAAAGAGCCUUCCACCACCCAGCACUGCCCCCUCAGCACCCUGCCCACCCGCGGCAGUGGUGCUCCCGGCAGCAGCUCCCCCUCUCUCCUCAUCGCAGGACCGGGGUGCAGCGGGGAUGGUCCCGGUGCUGCCAGCCAGCUCCCCCGAGCCCCCCCGCGUCAAGUGCCCGCCAAGCCCGGUGCUGGCGUGGCCGCUUCUCGGUGCGACAGCGAGCCCGGCAUUACAGAGUGGGGGGACGGGCAGCUCCCCGGCCCCGGAGAUCAACGGCAGCACAUCAGUGCCGGAGGGGUCCCAGCCCUACCCGCGGGGCUGUGUCUGCGUGGCUGGGGAGAGGCUGGAGAAGCAGAGCCGGCUGCAGACGGAGGUCCUGGAGCUGCAGAAGGAGAUCCUGCAGUUGCAGAAGGAGAAAAUCAUGAUGGAGAAAGAGAAGCUGCUCCUGGAAAUUGUCAAACUCCGCAGGGAGCUGGGCACUUGACAGUCCCCUGCAGGCUUUGGGGCAGCCAAUGGCCAGAGUCCCCCUGCAGGGACCGGGACAGCCUGCUUUCCCCGGCACGGGCACUGGCUGCCCACCUGCAGCUAGGGUCCCACAGGAUGAUGCUGGGAUGGCAGUGGCCUGCACUGCCCUCUCCAUCCCAUCUCCUUUCCCGGACCCUGGGUUGUGCCCAGCUUGGGCUCCUUCAUGCCUGCUGCCCCAUUAAUAACCAUACUUCAGCAAUUCCCAUACUUUUAAUCUUUACAAGCAGCAUUUUCUUCCCAUUCUUUGCCAAAGUACUUAAUGGAAAACACAAGGAGUCAGCUCCAAGGGCAAGCAGCAAGCCUGUAGAAGA